CGGCCGGUUCCAUCGGCGCGGCGGGCGCGGGGGCGCCAUGAGGCGGGGCUGAGGCCGGAGCGGGAGCGGCACCGGGACUGGCACCGGCACCGGCACGGACACGGAGCCCGGCGGGCCCGGCCGCCGCGCCAUGCGAGCGGGCUGAGGGGCGGGCAGCGCCGGGGCACGGCACCGAGCGCCGGGGGCGCGCCUCCCGAAGAAUUCAAGGUGCUGGUGUCUUGCCCUGCCUGGAGCCUGAGGUCCCGUGUGCCCACCCGCCUCCCGACGUCACCAAUGCGACCAUGGGACCUGGCAGUGAAUAGGCGGCCGCCCUCUGCCCCUUUUGCCCAGCGCCGUUUCUCGGGGGGACCCUGCAGCAGCCCCGACCACCUCCGGCGAAGCCCCUCUGCCAGGCGUCAGUGGGGACGACGCGAUCGACCUCUGGCAACCCUGCUGGGCCAGGAUGAGCCCCAGGUGCACCCUGCCUUCCCCCAGCAGCCGCACGUCCCUGUAGAUGAGCCCCGCGCCUACGCUCUUCCCAGCACGCCGCCACGAAUGCUUCACCCAGCCGCUCACCCGCCCCACCAGAACCCAUUCAUGGUGGAUCUGCAUGACCAGGUGCACCAGGGACCUGUCCCUCUCUCCUACACGGUUACCACCGUAACGACGCAAGGCUUCCCCAUCCACGCUGGCCAGCACAUCCCUGGGUGCAGCACCCAGCAGCUCCCAGCAUGCUCAGUGAUGUUCAGCGGACAGCACUACCCGCUCUGCUGCCUCCCACCCCCGCUGAUUCAGGCAUGUGCCAUGCAACAACUUCCCGUCUCCUACCAGACAUUCCCCCCCAUCAUCUCCAGCGACCAUUACAUCCUGCACCCACCCCCGCCACCAGUGCCCCCCCACCAGCCGCCCCACAUGGCCCCCCUGGGGCAGUUCGUACCUCUCCAAGCCCAGCAUCCACGUAUGCCUCUGCAGAGGAUAGACAAUGACGUGGACCUGCGAGGGGAGCAGCACCCCAUUGCAGGCUUCACCUACCCUCCGUCUCACCACGCUCCCACGCUGUCGCCCUCCAUGCCGCUGCAUUACCUCCCCCACGACCCGCUGCACCAAGAACUGCCAUUUGGCGUGCCAUACCCCCAUAUGAUGCCCCGGCGGCUGAACACCCAGCGGUACCGGCUGCAACAGGCGCUGCCCCCGCCGCCGCCCCCGCCGCCGCCUCCUCCCUACUAUCCGAGCUUCCUGCCCUAUUUCCUUUCUAUGCUUCCUGUGUCGCCAACGGCCGUGGGCCCCACGAUCAGCUUAGACCUGGACGUGGAUGAUGUGGAGAUGGAGAAUUAUGAGGCACUGCUGAACUUGGCCGAGCGGCUGGGGGAGGCCAAGCCACGGGGACUCACCAAAGCAGACAUCGAGCACCUCCCGUCAUACCGCUUCAACCCCGAGAGCCACCAGUCUGAGCAGACCCUGUGCGUCGUGUGCUUCAGUGACUUUGAGGCCCGGCAGCUUCUCCGCGUCCUGCCCUGCAACCACGAGUUCCACGCCAAGUGUGUCGACAAAUGGUUAAAGGCAAACCGCACGUGCCCGAUCUGCCGGGCGGACGCGUCGGAGGUGCAGCGGGAGGCGGACUGAGGCUGGCGGGCGCUGUGCCGCACAAUUCGCUAGAGGACAAGGACGCCGGGCUGGGGCGGGGGCUGCUGCCCGCUGCUGGGGCCUGACCCUGCGCUUACCCCCCCUCCCCAAAGCCUCUCCUCGGAUGUGGUGAGCAUUGAGCAGUCUGGGCUCCCGGCCAGCCCUCCUCCUCCCCGCCGGGGCACGGACUCAGCCGGACGCCUGCCCGCUGCGCUCCCAGGGCCCCGAAUCGUGUUGUGCUGGAGGCGGGAGGUGCGUGGCCGUGCCCUCUGCGCUCCAAAGACGCUGUUGUUGCUCCAUCACUUUCCAGGUCUUUGUACUCUCCUAGGGAAUUAGUGGUUUUUCCCUUUGUCACUAUUUUUUUUUUUUUUACGAUAGUUUUUUUCCCCCCUUGUUUCCUUUUCGUUUCCGUCAUGUUUUUGGUUCCUUGGCCGUUUGCCCUAGGGGCACGCAGGCGGCUCCUCCCCUCAGCGUUGCUCUCGGAGGACGUGGGGAGGAGAGAGGAGGGAGCGCUGCGGGUUUGAUGCCGGCAGCACCCCGGCCCCGGGGACAGCCGGAGGAGGUGACUGGCGGAGUGUGGCCAAGGUGGGACACCAGCAACCCCGCGGCGUGGCUGGGGCAGAAAGGCAGGAACACAGGAAUGCCUCUGUCCCCGCUGCUGUGCGCAGCCUGGCACGGCCUCUCUCCUGCCUCGGCUGCCCUGGGGAGCCCCAGAGGGCUAUGGCUGCUUGGGGUCUUUCGCCAGUGGGAGGAUGGUGCUGGCACAGCCCUGGCCCCUCUCCCUGUUCAUUCCCCUGUGCCUGGCCAGCGCAGCUCCCGGGGCCAGGCCAUGUGGCAUCCCACAAGGCAGCCAAGCUUGAGGAGGGGAUGCCAACCCCAUCCCUAGGGCUUUGGGCAUGCGGUGUCCCCGGUGUGCUGCCCGGCCCCGGCUCCUGCUCGUAUCUCUGUCCCGACGAUGUAAAUCAAGGUAGCCCCGUGCCCCGUCCUGCUGGCUGGACGGCGCGGUUUCCCCGCCGUGGGCAGCGAGGGGCCGGCUGGGCUGCGGCCCCCAGAGCGGGGGGGUUUUAUUCCUAACUUCGUGGAGUAUCUUCAGUGCUACCCUGGCCUUGGCCCGGCUGGUGCGGGGGAAGCUGUGAGCAGUCCCCUUGCCACCGUUUUCCCCCUGCCCGUGCAGGAGCUGGGGGAGAAGCCGCCACGCCGCCGCCCGGCUCCAUCAAUCCCGCGUGGCCGUUGUUUUGCAUGAUUAAUUAGCGAGGAGGGUGACGGGAGGCGGUGGCAGGGGUGGUGGUGAGAGCACCGCCCUCCCCUCCCGGCGCGUCGCCGACGCCUGGGAGCUUCCGAGCGGACGCCAGCCCUAUGUAAAUGUUCACAAAUAUGCAUGCAUGUCUGACCAGCUUGGAACGUGGUCUUGGCUACGUCUAGCCGGCUGUGGGGUGAGGGGGGUGGGGAGAGGGGUUUUUGUGCUCAGCUGAUACUGCCAUGCACUGUACUGCACAUGUCCGCAACGCCACAGCAGGACCGUGAGACUUUCAGGGCCGUGCCGCGGGGUCCGCGCCCGCGGCGGCGGCGUGUGCAAGGGACCGGGGUGGGAGGGGGCGGCUCCCCGCGGGGCGGGGGGCAGGCGCGGGGCUGGCCCCCGGCGGUGGCUCGGCCGGGUGCGAGGUGAGGGGCCGCGCCUGGCACACGGGUGGGCACGGUGGUGUUCCCCACGCCGAGGGCCAGAGGGCAGUGCCAGCCACCGGUGGGCCGGCCCCGGACGCUGCCCGGUCGGGCGCGGGGGGUGGCGAGCGGUGCGGGGGCUACGGGCCAGCUCCCCCUCGCCGCCCUUGCCCACCUCUCCGGCGGCCGCCCUCUGUGCCAAGGGCACAUCGAGGCCGAGGGCCCCGGCCCGGCGCCGCCCGCUCCGCCGUGGCACGGGUGCCGGCACCGCUGGGCUCGGUGCCCCUUGGGCAGGACCCCGGCCCCUUCCCCGUCCCUCACUCAGUGACAGAUAACCAAAGGAGUCCCCGGCUUCGCGCCCCCGGAGACGCCCCCUCCUCCCCUCCCGCCCUCGCGGUGCCCAGGGAGCCAGGAAAGCCUUACGGUCCUUUGACGGCGACUCGAAAGCUCACAGCUCGUGUGCUGCAGAAUUUAUUCCAAUGAGCAGCUAAAAGUAUCAUUUAAAAAAAAAUAACAAAAAGAAAAAAUGACAAAAAAAAAAUACUAAAAAACAAUUAUUUAGGGUGUUUGUGAUUGCUGACUGCGCUGUAGAUACCACUGUUUACCAAUGACUUCCUGUGGUGGGAUAGUGGACUGUUUACUGUUCUAUUAUACCAGUCCCCGGGCCCUCCGGUGGGACCCCGCGUUCCCCGCGGCUCCCCGGAAGGUGCUAGGACGUGUGUUCUGUGUUAGAAAGUUUUUAUAUAUAUAUAUAUAUAUAUAAAUAUAUAUAUAUAAUUUUUUUUGCUCUGUUACUUGCACAUUUUACAGUUACCUCAUUUUUCCCAUGUAUGUAUUUGAAAAAAGGCUAAUAUAUAGAAAAAAAAGGUUCUUAAAGCUCUAAAAGUGUUUGUUUUUUUCCAUUCCAUUGGAAUCAUAUUGGUUUUGUAGCAUUUAACAUAACUAGUAUGUUGUAUUAUAUAUAUGUGUAUUAUACUGAUUGAAAUUUUUAACAGAUUUGUACUUUUUUUAAAAUGAAAGUUGCUAGUUCUGCUUGACCAAGUAGUGCAAUCAUUAUUUUUUUUAAUGUUGUGGCUGAUUUUGAGAGGGAUAUUCACUAAUAAAUGUAUGAUGUAUACCAACA